AUGGAACGUUUAAGAAAGAAGAAGAAAGAAGAGGAAGAAGCAGCUUUAUCGAAGGCGUAUGAGCAGUUUCGAGAGACGUUCGAAGAAGGAGGUACAGUUGCGGUUGGCAAAUCGUUUAUACGUGGCGCUGUUGUGAAUGCAAAUCGGGUAGUACAAGAGUCGAAUGGGGGUAGCUCAUCGUCAAUCUACAAACCGAAAGUGGAGUUAACAAAGAGAACAACUUCGGGAAGUUCAUUCGAACAAGCGAAGAAGAUUGCCGAAGAGAAGGCUCGUAAGAUGAUGGAGGAUGCGACUCGUAAAAGUGCGAGUGCAACGACGAGCAGCACCAUCCAACAGCGACCACCUCGACCUGGUAAAACACAACAAAAGAGUCGAACGAGUAACUUAGAAGCCUUUAAAGAGGAGUUGAAAAAUCUGCAAGAACAACGUCAGCAACGGCGUACGUUACGUAAUCAAAUGGAACAGAUGGGUGUGGAGAAAGAGGCGUUGGAUCGUAUAGCGCCAUUAAUUGAUAAUCCAUAUUUGCAUGGGACUGGUGAAUAUGAUAAUGAUCCGAAUACCACUAACAUCUACUUGUCGAAUCUGUCGCUUGAGAUAAAAAUAGAGGAUUUGUACGAGACGUUCGGUACGUUCGGUCCGUUGGCAUCAGCGAAGAUUUUAUUUCCGAGAGAGGACGAUCGCAAAAGAGAACGUCUUUGUGGAUUUAUUGCAUUCAUGGCACGUAAGGAUACAGAUCGUGCGAUGGCUGCGAUGCAAGGAAGAAUCAUCAAAGGAUCUCCGUUGCGUUUGUCACUCGCUAAACCUGUUAAUAUACCUGCUCAGCCAAUCUAUAUACCACCUAAACUGAUAGAACUGGCAAUGCCCGAUCCACCAACAGGUUUACCGUUCAAUGCAAAACCACGUCCCGAUGAUCUGGAUGCACUUCUCGAGAAAUGCCCUCUGCCGCGUCUCGGAGGUAUUAUGCCUGAGUCGGGACGUGGUAAAGAAGAAUACGACAAGGUACCUACCUCUACAUAUGCUCGAGUCUUUGAUCAUUUCUCAUCAACAGUCUUUAUUUAUUCUUAUAGAAACAUCAAUCCAUUCCACCAAAACAGACGCAUAAUUGAUGCAGUGUUGUUUUUGAGUGCUGAGAUUGCUUUAGCCAUGAUCAGGAACGCUGUGGUACGAGUAGUGGUCCCUACAGAAAGGUACUUGAAUGAUGACUCUUUCUACCGUUACGUUCGUUCAUUCGAUCUUGCUUUUCGAUUUUUAUUCGAUAACCAUCAUCCAGCACAUGUUUAUUAUCGUUGGAAAUUAUAUUCAAUGUUGCAAGGUGAUAGUCCACAAUCGUGGCGUUUGAAACGAUUUCGAAUGUUUGAUGAAGGCAGUUGGUGGGAACCACCUCCAUUGAACGUUCUCUCGGAAAUGCCUGAAUGUCUUUAUCAUACUGCUUAUACUGGUUCUGAGGGUUUAGCACGCGACACGGAACUCAAUAAGACAUAUGAGUCAAUAGAAGGACGUUUAAAAGCUGAACAGUUCAAGCAGCGGGUUAUGUUAUGCUUCCGUACUUGGGAAGAUAAUUCGUUAUAUCCAACUGAUUUUCUCAUUCAACUGCAAAAUAUAUUCCUUGGUUUGGUGGAUAAAGACGAACCAAACAAUCCAUCAGAAGAAGACAUUGAUGGUGCUCCACUGGAAGAGGAUUCAGAUGGUAGUAGAGUAGUGAUGAAGAACGAAACGAUAUUCGAGGAGGAUAUCGAUGGCGCGCCGAUUGAAGAGGACCCUUCAUCCGCUCAAACAACGUCAGCUAUCAAGAAGGCUGCCUUCAAAACAAGUCAAUGGAAUACGGUUUGUUUUUAU